GCACAUGCGCAGUCUUGCGAAAAAGUUAACUCCGGACUUCUUUAGUCGGAGAAUUUGUGCAUUAAGGAAAAAGUCAGAAAUCGAGGCGUCCUCGAAAUGGCUUUUCGAAGAAGGAACAAGAGUUAUGCUUUCUUCAGUCAAGAAUUUCUCAUUCAAAAUCAUGCUGACAUUGUAUUCAGUCUGGUCAUUUUCAUUCUGAUCGGACUGAUGUUUGAGGCGACGGCAAAAACAGCUAUAAUAUUCAUCGAGCCCCAGUAUAACAUCAGCAUGUUAACAACAGAGGGGGAGGUGACGCUGUACCACUACGGCUGGCGAGACUGGGCCACCCUCCUCUUCUACCUCUUCAUCACCAUCAUCCUCCACGCCGUGGUGCAGGAGUACGUGCUGGACAAAGUCAACAGGCGUCUCCAUCUCUCAAAGAGCAAGAAUACAAAAUUCAAUGAGUCGGGGCAGCUUUGUGUGUUUUACCUAGUCUCCAGUAUCUGGAGUCUUUAUGUUGUGUUCACGGAGGGUUACAUACGUCACCCCAGCAGCCUAUGGGAGAACUAUCCACAUGUGCAUCUAAGGUUUCAGGUGAAAUUCUUCUACCUCACCCAGUUGGCUUACUGGCUACACGCCAUCCCAGAACUCUACUUUCAGAAAGUCCGCAAGGAGGAGAUCCCUCGACAACUGCAGUACAUCUCUCUCUACCUGUUGCACAUCAUGGCAGCGUAUCUACUCAAUUUGACUCGUGUGGGGCUGGUGCUAUUGUUUCUGCAGUACAUAUCUGAGCUGGGCUUCCACAUCUCUAGACUCUUCUAUUUCACGGAUGAAAACCACCACAAGAUGUUCGAUCUGUGGGCGGUGGGGUUUGUGUGUACGCGGAUGGUGACCCUGACUCUGAUGUUCUUGGCCGUGGGUUUUGGGCUGUCCCGCGCCGAGGACCAGAACUUGGACUGGGACGCCGGCAACUUCAACACCGUCUUCAUCAGGAUGACUGCCCUGUUCCUGGUUUGCUUCACCCAGUCUUGGCUGCUGUGGCGGUUCAUUCGCUUCCAGCUGCGCCGCUGGAGGGAGUUCAGGCUGGAGCAGGCGGCGCGCAAGCGGGCCGCGGCCAAACAGAACCCCUCGCGCUCGCUCAAGAGAGACUCAGUUGGUCACCAUGAGAACGGAUUGGUCAAGGCAGAGAAUGGCACCUCCCCCCGGCUGAAGAAGGUCAAGGCCACCUAACUACCCCGACUGUACCCCAGCUCCAUCUAACUACCCCGAACGUACCCCAUCGCCACCCAACUACCCCGACCGUACCCCAUCUCAGAUCACUACGUACCCCCAACACCCCUCCUCUCGUCUCUCUCAUCAGCCCGGCUCAAGUAUUUGUUUGGGAACAGCCCCUCGUUCCCCAGCCCACCCACCACCUGGAUGUCAACCCCCCCUUUCCCUAAGAGGAGGACUCACUCUACAGUAAGCUGACUGCAACCCCUCGCCCCCCCGGGGGGGUUGAGGUUGGGUCACGCAGAGACAGGAAAGAAAAGGAGGGGUCCAUCGUAUGAUUUUUGAGGGGAGACAUGCAGUAAGAAAAGAUGACCCCUGUUUGUUACACACACAGAGAUUCACGACAAUCAGUCUUGCCUUUUUUUGUUGGUGUUUUUUUGUUUGUUUGUUUGUUUUAUUAUUUUUUGUAUCAGCAUUUUUAUAUAUUUUUUUAAUUUGUUUUGUUAACAACUUUCCAUGUUCACUACCUGCCUGCCAUUCCACACUGCUGGACUAUAUUUCCAAUGAUCACAUUUUCUCUUAUUGCGUAUCAGCCUAGUGUCUACUUAGCCUGGUUCUCACGGUGUGUGUGUGUGUGUAGCUUCUGCUCCACCAGGGGGCGCCGAAGCUACACACACACACACACCCUCGGGUGAGAACCAGGCGAGUGUCUACUACACAUAUGUAAGUGUUUCAUUUCAGUGUGGCUCCUGCCAUCCUUUUAUACUACAUAUCUUGUGCGUGAGGUGAGGACGUGGAAUUGACCAAUCACGGGGGACGACAGGUGCUAUUGGACCACUGUAAGCAGUAGCUACAGUGGCCCUUGAAGGACAUUCAGUGCUCCACCCCCGUUCUUAGAGGACGACUGUGUGCUCUAAUGUUUUUUGACCACCCCACCUCCCAGCCAGCUUCUUGUAAUGUAAUGUUACCUAGAAAACUGCAAUCGCAAUCAUCUUCAUCAUCACCUUCAAUGUUUGCAGAAAGCGCCGUUCUUUAUUUUUUUAUGUUUAGGGAGUAUGUGACAGGUGUUUGUUUGUUUGUAUUUUGACCUUGUGUACUGUAUGUAGUUACCAGUAUUUGAUCAUAUUGUACAUUUAUAUUAUGAAACAUGAUUUAAUUAUGGGAAAAUG